AUUAUAGGCACUAAUACAGGAUGGAGCAAUUAAUAGCGUUUAUAAAUAUAAAUAGUCAGACGCAGAGAAGUGUUCGUAACAGUGUAGCAGUGUAAGAAAUAUUAAAAAAUGACUAAUAACACUCAAAAUAUUACUACAGAGGAGUUAAUAGCACUCGGAGAACGGACUAGCGAAGUAGAAACAUUGAAGUUAUUUUGGUUAGUUGGAAUUGUGACAUCAAGCGGCGGUCUACUGUUCCAAAUUAUUCUCUUCGCCUUGAUACCUGCUUGCAGAAAAUUUGACGAAAAAGUGCUCACCCAUAUAACUGUAGCGAGAAGUGUCAAUACCAUCUGCGAGUUUUGCUUCGUAAAUAUAAAAUUGAUAGAAAUUACGAGGGAUGUUGUAUUAGUUUUAUUAUUCUACACCGACUUUGUGCUAAUUUGCUGGAUGUUUGUCUUCACAAAAAAUAUUUACAAUAAGUAAAUACAAAAUGCCAUUGCCGCUGCCAAAACGAUUCUGUGGCUGUUUGUCUGUAGAAGCUGGAUUCUUUAUCCUGUGCUCUAUAUCUAUUAUGGCAUGUAUGGCAAACAUAAUAGUGGGAGCAUGGAAUUUACCAAGAAACAAAGUAAGGGAACCUGAAGACAACCUCAUAUCCAUGAGCAUGGUGAUGUUCUCCACGCUGUCCAUCAUUACAAACUUGGUGGCUGGGUUUGGUGUAUGCUUGAGGCGGUCGGGCUAUCUGCAACUAUCCUUGGUCUUUAAUUCAGUAUUCAUCGUUUGCUUGUUUCUGGUGGCCAUUGUCACUUGCCUCUUUAGUCCUGAAUUGAACAAGAGUGAAUUUCUGGACUCGCCGGGAAAUAUAGCGCUAGUUGUGUUAUUGAUGUUCGCGGGUGCUGCUUAUUCCAUAUACUAUUUAAUGAUGGUGAAUAUAUUAUAUAGGACUAUAAAACUGACGGAAAGCAACAGUGCAAUACCUAUAUGAGAACUAGUGUUGAAAAAUCGGUAAUAAAUAAUGUAAAAUGUUGCUCUGUUGAUUGAAUUUGUUCAGUAAACAGCAUUCUGAGGAACAAUAUUGAAGUGACUAUAGUGCUUCUGUAUCUACCUAUUUAAAACAGGAUUACAGGCUCGCAUGUAUCAAAUCUAUUAACGAAAUUAAAAUAUAGAGACGUGUGCCUACAAUAAUGUCAUGCCAUCUAUGACUGAUGGAUUUUUAAAAAAACGGUUAAGUAUUUCUUACUACUCCUAUUACAAACAAAUGUACAAAAAAUAUAUCUAUUAGUAAUCACGUAAUUGUGUUAAAUGAAAGAACUAUAAAUUAAAAAUAAACUUACCUGUUUUUUAAAUACAAGGUUGGUAUAAUUAUUGUUCAUAACAUUGAUAUUUGUAAUGAGAGAUAUCUUUAUAUUUUAAACAAGUACACAAGAAAUCUCAUGUACAUUAUUUAUAA